AUACAUACACGCACUACUCUCUCUCUAUCCGCACCCCACCGAUCCGUGUCUAUUCCAAAUACCAGACGGUUGAGUUCAUCUCAAAGUUGAAAAAUUGUUUGAUGGAUCUUGCUUCGACUUCUAAGAAUCCAGUAGCCGCUUCUCUUGCGCCUGGAUUUCGAUUCCACCCCACGGAUGAAGAGAUUGUUUGGUACUAUCUCAAACGCAAAAUCUCAGGGAAGCCUUUCCGUUUCGAUGCCAUCUCGGAAAUCGACGUUUACAAGCUCGAGCCGUGGGACUUACCAGGGAAGUCGAGACUGAAGACGAGAGACUUGGAAUGGUACUUCUUUAGUUAUCUUGAUAAAAAGUAUGGUCAUAGUUCGAGGACAAAUAGGGCUACAGAAAAGGGUUAUUGGAAGACAACCGGUAAAGACAGGCCAGUCCUGCAUAGAUCAAUGACUGUUGGCAUGAAGAAAACUCUGGUUUACCACCUUGGACGGGCUCCACGAGGUGAGAGGACAAACUGGGUCAUGCAUGAGUACAAGCUUGUUGGUGAGGAGUUUGAGAAAGAUGGAAAGAAGGAUGCAUGUACAUUGUGCAGAAUAUUUCAAAAGAGUGGUCCUGGGCCCAAAAAUGGGGAACAGUAUGGCGCGCCUCUUGUUGAGGAGGAAUGGGAUGUUGAUGACUUUGAUGCAGUUCCUAAACAGGAAUUUGCAGAAUUUGUGGUUGUCGGUGGUGAUGUUUAUGCUGGUGAUGAUGAAUACCUUGAUGAACAUGAUGUUGAUCAGAUUCUUAAUACUGAGGCUCCAAAAGCUUAUUCUCCUGUUCCUGAAGGAAGCAUCAACAAUCUAAUCAUUGAUCCAGCAGAGUAUCUUGAAGAAUCACAAAAUGUCUUGGUCACUGCAGAUGAAAUGUAUGCAAAUCCAGUAAAGCGUGAAUACAUGGGUGAAUCAAGCAACUCUACCAAUCAAGAUCAUAUGCAAGGCGAAGAUUUCUUGGACGCUCCUGAUAUUUUCCAGCUUAAUGAUGGAUCCUUCUUGGAAACUAACGAUCUAUCAAAUCAUUUUGAUAUGGAUCCCUCUGGAUUUGACAUGCUUGAUGAGUACCUUACAUACUUUAAUGCAGAUGAGAACUUCUCUCCUUUGCUAGAAGAUGAGAGACACCUUUCUGGACAAGCAGCAUUAGUUGAGGAGCCUGUGGAUGGGAAAUUGAAGCAAGAAACUGAGACAAGUCAAGGGCUCGUGGAAGGGUUUAACAAUGAUAAUCAUAUCGCACCAACCUCAGAGAAGCUGAAUCCCAAAACAGAGUUGGUUAAUGGAGUUGCAUACCCAUUUAUGGGCCAAGCAAGUCGCAUGUCGGAGAGCAUUCCAUCAUCAGUCGCAUUAGCUGCUGAGUUCCCUACAAAGUCUUCUUCUUCUUCCUUUCAGAAGUUCAACGCUGGUGCUGCUGCUCCAUAUUCAAGCCCUGUCCGUGUUAAUGCUAGUUUGAUCCAAAUAAACGCAAACUCAAUAACUGGCUAUGGGUCUUACUACUGGUCGCUUGAAAAGCAAGGAAAUACCAACAUUAUAUUAUCUUUCAACUUGUUGCUCAAUCAAGAGAAGCAGAAUUCAGCAUCUUGGCAAUGUCUUUUCUAUCUUCUGUUCAUUUGGCUUCUCAUCAUUACCAUGAGUUUCAAGAUUGGGGGCCUACAUCUAUUCUGGUAAGGCUUAAAUAAUGUUAGAGAGAAAUAUUAACAUGCCAAAGAAAAAUCAAACUAUUUCGAAGAAUUAUUUAUCUUUGGGAAGGAAAUUGAUAAUAUCGUGGAUGACAUAGAAGAUUAUAUUGAUGGGGAAACUGUUUAGUGUUUUUAAUCGUAGGUUCAUAUUUUGUGAACAUAUAUAUUUCGGUUUACU